AUGCCGCACGCCUUCAAGCCCGGGGACUUGGUGUUCGCCAAGAUGAAGGGCUACCCGCACUGGCCGGCCCGGAUCGACGACAUCGCCGACGGCGCCGUGAAGCCCCCGCCCAACAAAUACCCCAUCUUCUUCUUCGGUACACACGAGACAGCCUUCCUGGGACCCAAGGACCUGUUCCCCUACGACAAGUGUAAAGACAAGUACGGGAAACCCAACAAGAGGAAAGGCUUCAAUGAGGGGCUGUGGGAGAUAGAGAACAAUCCGCACGCCAGCUACAGCGCACCGCCGCCCGUGAGCUCCUCAGACAGCGAGGCCCCUGACGCCGACCCCGUGGGUGGGAGUGACGCUGACGAGGACGCCGAGGCCCGGGGGGCCAUGGCCAUCACUGCCGUGACCACUGCAGCCGCCAGCGAGAGGAUGGAGAGUGACUCGGACUCAGACAAGAGCAGUGACAACAGCGGCCUGAAACGGAAGGCCUCGGCAUUGAAGAUGUCAGUGUCGAAACGAGCCCGGAAGGCCUCCAGCGACCUGGACCAAGCCAGCAUGUCCCCCUCCGAAGAGGAGAACUCAGAAAGCUCGUCCGAGUCUGAGAAGACCAGUGACCAGGACUUCACCCCCGAGAAGAAGGCUGUGGCCCGGGCCCCACGGCGUGGCCCUGUUGGAGGAAGGAAGAAAAAGAAGGUGGCCUCAGCCUCUGACUCCGACUCCAAAGCCGACUCAGAUGGGGCCAAGGAGGAGCCUGUGGCGGUGGCCAGGUCCGCAUCCUCCUCCUCCUCCUCUUCCUCCUCCGACUCGGACAUGUCUGUGAAGAAACCUCCGCGGGGCAGGAAGCCAGCCGAGAAGCCGCCCCCGAAGCCCCGCGGCCGGAAGCCGAAGCCCGAGCGGCCCCCGUCCAGCUCAAGCAGUGGCAGCGACAGCGACGAGGUGGACCGCAUCAGCGAGUGGAAGCGCCGCGACGAGGAGCGCCGCCGUGAGCUGGAGGAGAAGCGGCGGAGGGAGCAGCAGGAGGAGCUGCGGCGGCUGCGUGAGCAGGAGAAGGAGGAGAAGGAGCGGCGGCGGGAGCGGGCUGAGCGGGAGGACGCCCCCCGCAGCGGAGCCAGCGACAGCAGCGGGGAUGAGCUCCGGGACGAGGACGACGGGCCCGUCAAGAAGCGCGGCCGUGGGCGGGGCCGAGCGCGCGGUCCCCCGUCCUCCUCUGACUCGGAGCCCGAGGCUGGACUGGACAGGGAGGCGAAGAAAUCUGCUAAGAAGUUGCAGCCGCAGACCCUCGAGCCCGUGAGGAAACCCAGCCAGAAGGAGAAGAGAGGGCGUCUGGAGGAGAAGUCCCGAGCCAAGCCCCCGAAGGUAGAGCGAACCCGGAAGAGGUCCGAGGUGUUAACGCCCGACAGGAAGGUUGAGAAGAAGAAAGAACCUUCCGUGGAGGAGAAGCUGCAGAAGCUGCACAGCGAGAUCAAGUUUGCCCUGAAAGUCGAUAACCCGGACGUGAAGCGGUGUCUCAAUGCACUGGAGGAGCUCGGGAUGCUGCAGGUGACCUCUCAGAUCCUCCAGAAGAACACGGACGUGGUGGCCACGCUGAAAAAGAUCCGCCGCUACAAAGCCAACAAGGAGGUGAUGGAGAAGGCGGCAGAGGUCUACACGCGGCUCAAAUCGCGGGUGCUGGGCCCCAAGAUCGAGGCCAUCCAGAAAACGAACCGAGUGGGGGCGGAGAAGGAGAAGGCCGAGGUGGAGAGGGCCGAGGAACCACUGGCCGGAGAGGAGGCGCCCAAGGAGAAGGCGGAGGGCGAGCCGGGUGCCGACCUCGGCACGCCCGUGAAUGGCGAGGCCGCGUCCCAGAAUGCCGAGAGCACGGGCGACCGGGAGCAGGAGGAAGUGCAGACCUCCGCUGAGGGCCCCCAGCUUGACUCCUCCGAAGACCCUCACGACAACCUGCGGGAGGGGCCCGACCCCGACAGGCCCGGGAAUGACCGGCUGCCGGAGCGCGAGCGGGUGCGGAUGGACUCGGAGUCCCUGGAUGACGAGAGCUGAGCCCAGCGUGCCCGCCCGCCCGCCCGGUGCCCAGGCCCGUGCCCGCCACGCCGUAGAUCUCCCAGGCUGCCCGUUUCCUCCCCCGAGUCCCAGGAGAGCAGAGAACUUGUGGGGAAACACCGUGCUGUUUGUAUCUGUGCCCUGGGGUUUUUUCUGCCUAAUUUCUGUGAUUUCAGACCGACAUGAAAUGAAUAUAAAGGGUUUUUUAAUGAAAAAACUUUUAUUGGCUUGGUUUUCUAGCAUGACUGGUAGAGCUGGGGGGCCACGUGCAGCUUUCCGAG